AUGUUGGCAUGGUCUUGCAUUGUGUUGAUCUUAUUUUCACGGAGCUCUCACGGCAUCCACAACGGAGUCGAUGCUAAAUUCGACUUUUGGACCUUCAUUGCCUCUGUGUCGAUUAAUGGCUAUCAGGAGUGCGGUGGAACUGUUAUCGACAAUCGGAUCAUACUCACCGCUGCCCAGUGCGUAAGGGAUAUUCCAGUGGGCAAUAUUACAGUCCGUGUGGGCUCGGCUUUUGUUAAUAAGGGUGGCGAAGUCAUCAGAGUAAAGGCGAUGGAGGUUCAUGGCAGCUAUAAGGAGUUGAACAACGAUAUUGCCCUGCUUUGGCUCAGGACAUCUGCGCUGUCCAAGAGAGUGACCAAGAUUCCACUGCCCACCAGCGAACCCAUUCCCAACGACUAUCCCAGCAACGCGGGAUGGGGCGAGAAGUCACUGGAGUCCAAUGUGCUGCCAAAACGACUUCAGAACGGAGUCACUAAAAUUCAUGAGCGAUCGGUAUGCAUCCAUGAGCUCAUUGAACCGAUUGGCCCGGAGCUGCUCUGCGCAUUUUACGCCCAUAACGACAUUUGUCCCGGCGACUACGGAGGUCCCCUGAUCCUGUCCAACAAAGUGGUCGGCAUCGCAGUUACAGGACACGGCUGCGGAUAUGUCGGUCUGCCAUCUCUCUACACGAACGUCUUCCAUUACCUGAAAUGGAUUGAUCAGCACUCAAAGAAACUUAUGAAAAAUAAAUGAAAGUACAACUGUCAAGUGGAAA